AUGACGGCAUGGGAUAGUUCAACACAAAGAAUGAUAAAAACUGGCUAUCGCUCUUCCGUACGGCAAUUGACUACAACAAGUCAACGAUGGAGCAGCGAACUCGCUGUUCCACGGCCUGCGACUUUCGAACAAGAGAUUCAGAUACCUCUACCAGAAUGGAACUCGCCUGCGGAGGAGGCGCAGUAUAGGGCGGACUUCUUCCGAGCCCUUCAAAAUGGACAACCCAACCAAGUGCUAGAAGCCAUGGUCGAUCCACGAUCGGUAGAACUAGUUGGAUUGCUACCGCCAAGCGUGUUUAUAGAAGCCUUCCACCUCCUAUCCCCAGCCAACUUUGUGAUACCAUACCGGGAGCUUCACCAUACGCUGCACGGAUGGGGUGUGCUCAUGGACGGGCUCAAAACCUUGGAGGCGACGUUCGACGACUUCACGACGGACUUGCUUAUGAUCAUCCAGUACAGAUCCGCGGCUGGACAUCCACCUCAACUAUCCGAGUACACUCACCUCCUUGACUGUGCACAGGCAAUGGGAAAUGGCCCCCUAGUCAACGCGCUUUGGGAUGGGAUGUAUGCCAAUGGUGUGACUCCCGACGCAACGUGCUAUAACCACUACAUGUCAGGACGGAUCUGGGACCACUGUUACGUGGGAAAAGAAGCAUACAAUACUCGCAUUACCCCUCACAGCUACAAAAAGCGGCGCAUGGUGGAUCCAAAUCCUGGAUAUCGUGGCUAUGCAACGGCGUGGAACAGUACCAAAGGAACUGUGCUGGAUAUAUUCAGUCAGAUGAGCCAGGAAGGGCUCAGUGGAGAUGUACAGACAUACAUUAAUGUCCUCCUCGCAUCGGCCCGCGUGGGCGAUACGAGAGCUACCAAGAAUGUCCUCAAGACUGUAUGGAACGUCGAUGUUGAUGCCAUCUUAGAUGAAAAGGAUAACUCAAUGCUGCCACCGGUUACGCCUUACGAGACUUGGUCCGGUCUGUACCCAACUGAGGGUCUUCUUUUCGCCGUGGCCCAUGCCUUUGGGACAACCAACGACAUAUACGCCGCUGUGAGAACAGUUGAAUUCAUAUCUUCCUCAUACAACAUCACCAUUUCAGAAAAGGUCUGGUCCGAGUUGCUUGAAAGGACGUUCACUCUCUCCAAAACACACAAGCGAAGGCAGGCUGAAGAUGGGCGAAUAGGCCAAGUCCCAAGAGACAUGGUCCGUGAUAUGUUUCAAGUGUUGACGACGGAGUACAAUAUUCCCGCGACUAUGCAAAUGUACCGAUUUAUGACUCAAACCAACAAGAUGGAUGGCAAUCUGAAAGCUUGCAAAAGAGACAUGCGUAAGGCAUAUGAUAUCUUGAGCCGAACGAGGGCGAAACGAAAGGAGGCAAGAGACGCCGUUAUGAAAUGUCUACAACCAAUCUUGGACAGCAUGAAGCCACCGGCGAACGAUCAAGGGGGAGAGCAGAAUCCAAUCAAGCACCAACGACAAAAUGGACUCGAAGUCUAUCAGCAAAUUUAUCAAAUGCAGCGCAUAGCCUAUUCAAUGAUUACCACAAAGCAGUGGAGGGAUGUAUCAUUGAAAGCCUGGGAACUUCAAGAGCGGCCCAAACUACUGGAAGAAUGGAAAGACUUCCUACCAGAGCAAAAUACCUACGAAUAUGAGACGGCUGGAACAGUCGAAUUCCUAGGUAAAACGAUGGCCAAGAGCACCCACAUGAGCCAGCAUGGCCGCAUCCAUGCACGGCGGAUGCCAGAUGGGUCGGAGCUGUUCCAUCCGAGUGAGCCUAAGGUCCUCGAUGAUAGGAUAUUCUGGGAAAUCGUACUUUAUGAUUACCCCCAGCUAGACCGAUCCAUUUGGCCAGUCAGUCGCAUCUAUUCUUUCCAGACCAAGCGCAGCCAAGAAUUGAAGGAUAAGCUGCGCAAACUCAAUACGCGAGUUCAUUACCCGGACGAUCAUCAUUUGUCGCAGAAGAACAAUCCUUCCGCUGGAUUUUAUGGUCGCAUUCAUGCCCUGGGCUUUGAUGCUAAACCCCAGAAUUCUAUCUUUUGGCGGGAUGGUAAUCCUUGGUGUUCAUGA